UGUGUACUGCUGUAUAUGUUUAUACACACGAAGACAUCGCCAUGCCCAUCAGAGUCACACUCCUUCCGCCUACCUUACAGACAUAGACAAGAUCAAGUAAAUCUGUCUGCUAAACAGCUGACGAGGACAUACAGAUACACCAUGGAGCAUGAACGAAUCCUCAUGGCACUGCUGUUUUUAAUGAUGAUCACGAUAGAAAAUGUGAUAUGUUUCGAAUGUGAGAAGGAAGCAGUAGUAUGCGAGACAACUCUGGUUAUACAUCACAAGUUGACGAUGAUGCAUGACGUCCAUCGUAAAGUGUAUCCAUAUAUGGGAAGGCUAUAUAAAUUUGACGUCAUCAAUCCUGACCAAUCUUUAGAUGUGCCUAUGAGUGAAGUUAUCACGGCAGACGGUUGGGAACAGGAGCGUCUCGUGACUGUUGCCAACGCAAGUCUUCCAGGCCCUCCUAUCAUAGUUUACGAGGGACAGAGACUCAAAGUCAACGUAAUCAAUGAGUUACAAUCUGAUACUGUUACAAUCCAUUGGCAUGGUCUUCCGCAGUACAACACCCCGUGGAUGGACGGGGUGGCGUUUGUUUCCCAGUGUCCCAUCCUUCCCGGACAGUCCUUUACUUAUGAUUUCAUCGCGGAACCCAAGGGAACGUACUGGUAUCACUCUCACGUAGGCUCUCAGCGUACAAAGGGACUCAAUGGUGCACUGAUAGUUAGAGAGAGAAACCCAACACUGAAUGUGCCAGAGCAUAUAAUUACUGUACAAGGAUGGAAUCAUGAUUGGGACUCGGACAUGGAUCAUCAAAAGAUGGUUUAUGGAAUAUUUGAAAACACGACAUUACUUCAAACGUCAAAGUCCCUAGAUGGAACAUUUUUUAGUCGAUUCAAAUUGACGUCAGCCCUGAUAAAUGGUAGGGGAAGAUAUUACUAUGACAUGGAAUCCGACAAACACAACAAUGCGCCACUGGAAGUAUUUUCAGUUACACAUAUGAAACAGUAUAGAUUUAGAGUGAUAAAUGUCGGUGGUUUAUAUCCAUUUAGGGUGUCUGUUGAUGACCACAACAUUACACUUAUUGCUUCUGAUGGAUAUGACUUUGUACCUGAAGCCGCACAGUCUUUCAUUAUCAGUCCAGGCGAACGGUAUGAUUUCAUUCUCGACGCUAAUCAGCCAAUUGGGAAUUAUUGGUUCCGUGCUGAAUCACUAGAGCUUGAUAACAUGCACAAGGCUUUGGCAAUUCUAAGGUACAGCACAGCAACUCUGGAGGAACCAUCUUCGUCUAAACAGCAAUGCACUUCGACAUCUGAAUGUAUAGUCAUCAACUGCCCUUUCACGUUUUUUCCUUCGUCCGAUUAUACUCAGUGCAAGCACUUCGGUCAUCUGAAAUCUGCAACAAAUGAUGACCCCGCCCCUGCAUCUACUGGUGUUGAUGGGGAUUUUAAAGAGUACUUCCUCAAUUUUGCUUUUCCUGGAACAACUGUUACACCCGGAUCAGUCAAUGGACGCAAAUUCAAAAAUCCACAGGUUUCAGCUUUAACGCAACCUCAAGAGAUUGAAACAACAUGUGAUAAAGCUGACUGUGGAGAAGAAAGAAUAUGCGAAUGCACUUAUUCCUUACCGAUAAAACAUAAUGAUGUAGUUCAAUUUGUUUUCUUAAAUAUGGGCAAGGGAAGAGGAUGGGCACACCCUAUUCAUCUGCAUGGCUACUCAUUCUACGUUGUUAAAAUGGGCUACCCGUCCUAUAAUGAAACGACUGGGCAAUACCUCUCACAAAACUCUGAUAUUGACUGUCGUGGUGCGGGCAAUCAAGACAAGAGUUUUUGUAAUGAUGCAACGUGGAGUGAUCCGAAUUGGUUAGGAGGUAAUGUACCGGAUGUAGAACUUGCUAAUGCGCCGCGUAAGGAUACCAUAAUGAUUCCAAGUGGUGGAUACGCUGUAGUCAGAAUAAAGGCUGAUAACCCAGGGGUUUGGAUAAUACAUUGUCACAUUGAGGUACAUAGCACUGACGGAAUGGCAAUGUUGAUCAAUAGUUCUUACGGCAUUCACCCUACCACACCAAAAGGAUUUCCACAGUGCCGCGGAUUCCCCUCAAAUAUCGGUGAGAAUCAGGAGAAAAUACAACCGGAAGUGACAACACCCGAUUCCAGUCCUGAUGUAACGGCGAGACGGAAUACUGAAGAUGAAGGGUACACCAUGAAAAUGUUCUGGGUGACUGUCGCUGUCCUAGGAAUUGUUAUGUUGCUAAUGAUGGCAUAUAUUCUGCAUCUUCGAAAGGAAGUGAAGACUCUCAAGACAUCCACAUCGAACACUCAAUCCACCGAAAAUCUGGGGGUAUCUGUUACUAAUGUGGCAUUUAAAGCAUAGACUACAAUGCAAUGUGUAACCUUGACCCUUACAUCUACAACACCACACAAAAAGGGUCAAACUUGUGAAGUCCCAAAUAGCUUUGAUUUAGCGUAAAUCUUUAUCCUGUUUAUCAAAGGUUUCUGCCUGAUUAUCAUAUGAGUGUUUUGCAUAUAUAAUAAUUGUAUAAUAAUCAAGUAUAUCGAAACACAUUCUUUACUAACUGUAUCAAAACAUAAACCUUUUUGAUUCUUAUCUUAUAACUGCAUAGCGGUUAUUAUUCGAGAGGAUUAUAUUUGCACUAUAUUCACGUUUCCAUAAUACCAGGAAUUCUAAAUACAAUCGAAAUAUUUAGUACAACACUGACGUUAUGCAGAUGUGUCAUAGUACCGUGUACAAUGAUUACCUGGUUAUGUAUACAAAAAAUUCCAUGGUAACCUGGUUAUGCAUAGAAAUAGUCGUGAUAACCUGGUUAUGUAUUGAAAUAGUCAUGGUAACCUGGUUAUGUAUUGAAAUAGUCAUGGUAACCUAGUUGUGUAUAGAAAUAGUCAUGGUAACCUCGUUGUGUAUAGAAAUAGUCAUGGUAACCUAGUUGUGUAUAGAAAUAGUCAUGAUAACCUAGAUAUGUAUAAGCAUCGUUAAUGUGGUGAUAAAAUCACCGUGCUAAGUUUAGAUCUUGUGAACUACGCGAAUUAAUAAUGUAGUUUGAAAUUCUUUUACGUUAUUUCGAAAAUAACCCCUGUCAUACUCAGCUGGUAUACUUUUCAACAUUUGAUCUAUUCCGGAAUAAAAAAAGCCAACAAACUUUCAAAGUAUAUAGAGAGAACAUAAUUUGGCAUGUACAUACCAGACUCCGGAAAUAGUUAAUUAAUACUCAGUCUUGUCUACUGAUCGUCUUACAGGUAGAAUGAUAGAAUAAUCUUAUACUUAAAACCACUAGAUGUAUAAUGCCUUUAUAUGACCAUAUUUGCAUAACAGCAUUGCAGCCUGUUCAAAUGAAAUCUUAUUCAUUUUUCAACGCUUAAUUAUCUUAUACUAAUUGUACUUAUCAACAAAGGUGGAAGCGCGUCAACAUUCUUACUUAUUUCACUUAUUUGCAUUGUGAUUUUAUUGUUUUGGGGAUACUUUAAGGCACUACGAUACUUUGCCCUAAAUUGGCCUACGUCUAAAUUUCCAUUUCAUAAAACAGGCAAUAUUGCAAAAAUAUUUCCUAUGUGAAAAGAUUUGAUAUCAUAGUUAUUUUCUCUAAUUCUCUAAAAUUCGAAAUUCCAUACUUCAAAUGUCUGUUUAGUUACGGUGAAAUAAGUACACAAAGAAUGUUAACAUUUAUUUUUAGAAUCGGCUGUAUGUAUAUAGUCUGUAGGUUUUUGUUUUAAGUAAAGAGAACUGGCGUUAGAUGACGUUACUUGUUAAUCAGUAACUUUUGCUGGAAUUUAAUUUCGCUAUAUUCGAGAUCAUUACCCAGCGGUAAUUUAUAUAUUGUAGAAUGUUUACAAGGCAAUAUUUUGCGAUAUAUAUUACCUGUAAACUAAUUCCGACAAAGACAAUCGAGAAAUAUUAGGAACGAGAAAUUGAACAGGCAUACAGCAUAAAAAGUGUUCCUUGACCUCCGUUUAAGUAUUUUCAUUUAGAAUUUAAGAAUUUGUCAUGAAGUUGCUACACAUAAAUGGAUAAUGGAGAUACUGCAUACUUUGUCUUGUUUCUAUUGAAAUAUCACAAAAAGUUCAUUCUGUAAACAUGGCUGUUCCGCCGGGUUUAAUUUCGCGAUUCAUUAUAGGUAGACUGUACGGGCGGGGUAUAUCCACGAGUUCCAUCAAUAAUACAUACAUCGCAAAAUAAUACAAAUUGGGGAUACUUUCCCGGCCGGAAGAUAAUCGCAUAUUUUGCAUAAUUAAAAUGGCCCUCGCGUAAAUUCCCAUGUUUACAGUAUCGAAGCUACAAUCAUUUUUUUUUUUGCGAAACUCGAUUACUGUUUGUUCAUUAAGAUUUUUACCGCUGCCAAGUUAACUCGUUUAUAUAAGUUCCAUUUACGUUAAUUAACGCUUUAUUAUGGAUCAUUUUAAUGUCUUUUAUAUUUUGAUAUGCGUUUUGUUUUUUCGUGAUAUUUUGUAUCUUUUUACAUUUCUCUUAUGUUUCAAGCCCACCAUUUCUCUUAUGUUUUAAAUGCACAGUAUAAUGUUUUAAAAUUGCAAUCUGUAUAUUUUACUCACAUAUACAUAUAUCUUAAUUUUGAAUAAAGCUAUGGAAUACAAAUAUGCGUAUUCUGAAUGA